AUGUCUGAGAAUAAUCAAGCGACAGAAGCUGUUACGAGUCAAGAACCACAGGAUGUGGAGAUUAACCACGAUGAAGCCCAAGAACACAGCGAACAGGCGCCAUCAGGCGACGGAGAACAGACUGUGGAUGCUAUGAAAACGCGAUUGAAGGAGCUGGAAGCCGAAGCAGAACGUUUGCAAGCCAUGCAAUCAGAAUUACAAAAAGAAGGAGCUGACCUGACAGAAGACAAGGCCGAUGUCGAUUCUCGAAGCGUGUACGUUGGAAACGUCGACUUUGGCAGCACGCCCGAAGAGCUCCAACAACACUUCCAAUCCUGUGGCACCAUCAACCGCGUGACCAUUCUCAUCGACAAAUUCACAGGACAACCCAAAGGAUACGCAUACGUCGAGUUUGCCGAGCCCUCACUAGUGUCACAAGCCCUUCUCCUCAAUGAGUCCAUUUUCCGAGGCCGACCCUUAAAAGUGACACCCAAACGAACCAACAUCCCUGGAAUGUCCGCACGAGGCCGAGGCCGUGGCGGCAGGGGAGGCAGAGGCUACAGAGGAGGAUUCCGUGGCAGGGGCAGAGGAGGCUACCGACCAUACUAA